AUGUACAGGUAUACCAAUUAUUCAAAUAAAAAUAAUAAUCAUAAAUUACUACUUCUAUUAUUCUAUUUUUCUUGCAUUUUUCAAUAUGUUCAAUCAUCGCAGCCAUUUUACAAAACUAUUUUAUAUGGUGAAAAAUUGAAGGGUUUUCUAACGGUGAGUGUUUUUGGGGGGCAAGAGCGAGGCAAGAAGAUCUAUCAUGUAGGUGAUUAUCAGUUUUUCUCUAUCUGAUAUGUUUUUUCGUCUUUUUUUCUCGUUGAAAUGAGACGAAAUUAAGUGUCUGAUAACCUUGACUGACUCAUUGUUUUUAAGAUUUUUUUCUGAAGAAAAAUGAAUGAAUGAAGUAAGUACGGAAAGAUCAACUAUUCUUUUAGAUGAAAUUCAAAUAAAUAAUUUGGAAUUAGAUUUAGAAAGCACCGAUGGAUGUUCUCUCGAAAUCCCUCUUUAAGUUGAACAAACUUUUAAUUCAAAAAUUAUUCAAACAAAUCAAUUUUCAUUUCAAAUUCAGACUCCACCUUCGCAUCUUCAAAAAAAAAUUUCAACAAAAUUUUGCAGAUCUCACCCGCCGAUAAUAAUGGUGAUCAAUAUAUAGUCAGUUUCGAUAUACGGGAAAAACCAGAAAAUUGCACAUUAAUCUGGGCUGUUCAUAUGUCAUCAGCCCCCUAUGAUAUGGCUGUUAUGACAGAUAAUUGUAGACGGGUCAAAAAAUCGCCGCCAGUUGUCAAAAAUAUGCCAGUCAUUGAUUCGACAAUCAGUGGAGAUGGCUUGGCCGGAAACACGUUAGUUAUUUCCGGUGAUAAUAGUGAGGUUUGUUGAUCCUUGAACAUUUGAUAAGAUAAUAAAUCAAUUUAUUAAGGUUCUUGCAUGUGCGACUGUUAUUAUUCCUGGAGUUGAAUUAAAACAUGCAUCGUUCCAUAAAGAACCUUUUGAAGGACAUAUUCAUAUUAUUCCAAUUAAAAAUAAUGCUGUAAGAUUGGUGCCGGAUUUGAAAUAUAUGAAAAAGUUUGAUUAUAUUGAACCGGAAAAGAAAAUUAUGACUUGGGCAUUUGUUGACAACUGUCAAGAAGAUGCAAAACAAUAUACUGAUUAUGGAGAAGUUGGGAUGGAUUCAAGAGCUACUUUUACUUUUGAUCUACCACAAGACGCAAAUUUCACUUUGAAAUAUAUUGCUUUAUAUCGAGAAGAUAAAAUGUAUACUUGUGCUAAAAUUAGUAAUGUUGAACCAAGAAUUUUAAAAUCUUUGGGAGUUACUCUUCGACAAAACCAUUAUUUUGAACCGGUGAGCGGAAUCAAUAAAUGUCCUGAAGAAUUGCAUAUUCGAGAUGAUUGUUUGGAUAUUUCAACAGAAACUGUUCAUAAAACAUAUCAUUCAUAUUAUCCGUCAGUAAAUAUUUUUGGAAUGGAAACAAUUAUGUUGAAAUCAUUAGUGUUUAAUGGAGAAUGUAAAGCUUUGAGGCCACAGUUUGCACAAUCUUCCGCAAUUGCAACAUUUAUCCAUCCGAUGGUUGGAAGGUAAGUUGUUUUCAUAGUUUUGGAACCUGAAAAAUUAUGUAAAAGUGUUUCUCAUUCAGAAUUUCGUUAGUUGAUACUGAUGACAAGAUUCUUCUCACUGGAGAACUCCGGAAUAUUUUUGAAGAUAUGUCAACUCGAGCAACUAUCCUUGUAAGUUUAUUGAUUUUUUUCAAAAUGAAAAAAAAAUCGACUCGAAUUCCAGAUAACAAAUCAAACAUUGAAUGCUUCCACCUGUUCAGUCGACUUCAAAAACAGUAAAAGUUUUGAAAAUGCAGCAAUAAUUGUUGGAAAAAAUGAGCCAACUGUGACAAUGGGUGGAUCUUUUGAGUGGUUCAAUAUUUCUGAAAUGCAAGCUGCAGUUGUAGAUUUAGAUUAUAUGAGAGUUUGCGAAAAUCUGACGAUUCUGCCAACUGGAGCUUUAUCAAUUCAUGCACUUAUAAAACGACAUAUCAAUAAGGAAUCUCAAAUUAUGGCAUCUGUUGUAGCAUUGGAAUAUCCAGCUAAUAAUUAUACAGAGGUAAGACUGUCCCAGGAAAUUGUGAACGUUCUCAAUCUGAAUAUGUUUUCAGAUACUCAUCCAUAAAAAACACACAUUCUCAAAUGUUUCUGCUCACUUCCGCCCAGUUGAUCGAAGUAUUACAAACGGCGAUGCUUGCUCUGUUGAGAAUCUUGGAGCAAUUCAAAAUGUUCAUUGGAUUCGAGAAGUUCGAGAUAAACUUAUUAAUUCCGACAAUGAUUCAAGCAUUAUUUUUGAUGAGAAAUUUGUAACUGGAGAUACAAGUAUGCUUGGAACAUCACUAAUGUUAAAAGAUAAUGAAAAUAAAGUGUAUUGUGGACAUUUUGAACCGAUCAGUGAGCGGAUAUUGGCAAUUGCAGAGUUAGAAAAACCAUUUGAAGGCUACAUAAAAUUGGUAUUUUUUUUAUUUAUUUGAUUUUUUUUCGGAAAAAAAAUUCUAAAUCACGUUUAGACUCAAUAUGAAACUUCAAAUUGGGAAACUGGAUAUCCUACCAGUGUUUAUUACUCUAUUCACAAUUCCAAUUCCACGAAAAAAGAAACAGUGAUCUGGGAAAUUGUCGAUACUGGCAAUUCAACAUGUGCUGAUGCAACUUUGUUCAAUCCCUUGCAAGCUCAAGAAUCUGAAUGCUCUCGAGAUCGAUUUGAACUCUGUCCAAUUGGAAGUGCGUCGAAUAGAUCGAAGGAUUUGCUGAUGAAUUCAAGAAGACAUCUGACCGCGCAAAAUUUGCCGUUGUCAGGACCAAAUAAAGGUUAGUGUUUUUCUCAAUAAACUUUCCUGUUUGAAACUAAAAAUAUUUCAGUGACUAAAAACAUGAUUCGUUUACGAUCUUCCAAUGACAGCUCCAAAAUUGGGUGCUAUCCAUUGAAUUCUGUGUCAAAGGUAUGAUCAAUUUUUCUGUUACUUUUUCGAAAUUUCGAUAAUUUACAGGCUAGCUUCCAAUGGAUCGCACCAAGUCAAUUGGGACUUUCUGGAGUACAAGCUGAAUUUUCAGCGAAAACCAAUGUUUCGCUUUUCAAGGUGAGGAGAUUAGAAUUCCUCCAUCAUUCAGCCAUGAUUUUACUUUAGAUUGAAAUUGAUACAACUCGUGAAAAAUAUCUGAAAAGUUGCACCAUUUAUCGAUUAACAAUUUUGGAGCAAGAUGACAAGCUUGAGAAAAUCUUGAAUUUAUUUGACGUAGAAGCAAAAAAAUUCAAAAACGAUACAAGUUUUAAUUGUGAGAAGGGAGAAGUUAGGACAACUAGACUUCAAACAACUACAGUAGUUCCGACUACAACGCAGAAAAUCAACACAACUACAACUAAAGCUAUAAUAACAUCAAGUUCAAGGCUAUUUUUUCAGUGGUUUUUGAUAUUUGCAGUUGUUAUUUUAUCAAUUUUUGGAUGUUGA